UAUAACCUCAAAAAUGUGGAUAGAAUUAAUUAAUAUUUAAUAACGUGAGAAUAAUUCGUCGUAACUUGUAAAUAUAUAAUUUUUUUAACAUCUAUGAACGAUGGAUGAUGAAAAGAGGCCUCAAUUUGGGAAUCGCUUUUUAACUGAUGCUGAGAAUGUUUUUGAGCACAAUGCAUGGUAUGAACAAAAUUAGUUUACUGUAUAAGUUAGUUUCAUUUUCUCGUUUCUGUUCUACAAGAUAUCGAAAGAAACCCAAAUAUGGAUCACGCUAUUUAACUGACAAAUCAGAUAUCUUUAGCUUCAACGCGUGGGAUGAUGUUGAAUGGGAUGAAAAUCAAGAAAAAGAAGCUCAAAAUAAAGUGAAUGCAAAUAGUGUUAUAAAAUUCACACAGGACGAUAUUCACAAAUAUGAGAGUGAAGCUGAUAAAUACUGGAAUGCAUUCUAUGAUAUUCAUACAAAUAGGUUUUUCAAAGACAGACAUUGGUUAUUUACGGAAUUUCCUGAAUUGAAUGAUAAUAGUUCAGAGGAGAAAAAAAUAUUUGAAAUCGGAUGUGGAGUUGGCAACACUAUAUUCCCAAUUUUACAGUACUCUACAAAUAAAAACUUAAAAGUGUAUGGAUCAGAUUUUUCUUCAAAAGCCAUCCAAAUUUUGAAAGAAUCUCCAGAAUAUGAUACAGAGAGAUGUAUUGCGUUUGAAUUGGAUGCUACUGAACAAAUAUGGAAAGUACCUUUUGAUGAAAAUAGCAUGGAUGUGAUAGUACUGAUAUUUGUACUAUCUGCUAUCAAUCCUGAUAAAUUUGAGCAAGUUUUAAAAAAUAUUUAUAAAUUCCUAAAACCUGGGGGCUUAGUACUCUUUAGAGAUUAUGGUAGAUAUGAUAUGGCACAAUUAAGAUUUAAACCCGGGAGAAGCCUAGGAGAUAAUUUUUAUGCUAGAGGUGAUGGUACUAGAGUGUAUUUUUUCACACAAGAUGAAAUUAAACAGAUGUUUGAAGGCAGUGGAUUUCAAGAAGUGGAAAACCGGGCAGAUAGAAGACUACAAGUUAAUCGAGGAAAACUCUUAAAAAUGUACAGAGUUUGGAUACAAGCAAAGUAUCAAAAACCAAAAUAAAAUUUAUUUUUAAAUUAAGUUUUUAUUAAAGAUACGACUAAAAUAAAUAA